AUGGGGACCAACCUAUUGGAGUAUAAAUCUGACAGGUCUCAAAGCUGUGACAAUGAGUACUCCCCAACAAGAGUAUCUGUGAGAGAUGUAUUGGGUCAAGUUGGGAGAGGUGUCCAAAGGGGGUGUGAGAGGAUUAGAAGCUUUGGAAAAAUUCCAACUUCCCAACCCGCUGUAAAAAGCAAGAAAACAUCUAAAGAGCCUAGAAAGAAUGUUCUUGAUCCUCAGGGGUCUUUCCUUCAAAAGUGGAACAAGAUAUUUGUUCUGGCUUGUUUAGUGGCUGUGUCCUUGGACCCUUUAUUUUUCUACAUUGUUGGAAUAGAUCGUAAGGAGAAAUGCAUAACUUUGGACAAGCCUUUGGAAAUCAUUGCAUGUGUUCUUCGAACACUUGUCGAUAUCUUAUACGUACUCAGGAUUAUCUUUCAGUUCCAAACUGGGUUUAUAGCCCCUUCUUCUCGAGUAUUUGGAAGAAGCGAGUUAGUUGAUGAUCCUUUAGCCAUUGCUAAAAGAUACUUGUUAACCUACUUCAUUGUUGAUGUUCUCUCUAUUCUUCCACUGCCUCAAGUAUAUCUUGUAGUUCUUGAUGUCAUCCCAAAGAUGAAACGUCCUGUUCCAAUGAUCCCGAUGGAGAUGUUGAAAAUCGUCAUUAUCUGUCAGUAUAUUCCGAGGCUCGCCCGAAUUGUACCACUAUUCAGAGAAAUAACAAGUAAUUCUGGCAUACUAACUGAGGUUGCUUCGGCUGGAACUGUUUUUAGCCUUUUCCUAUAUGUAUUUGCAAGUUAUUUGUUAGGAGCUUUAUGGUACUUAUUCUCUCUUGAGAGCCUGUAUAGAUGCUGGCAAAUUGUGUUUAAGAACCAGAACUGGGAUCCUAGAUAUGUGUACUGUAGUCAAAAGUCCCGUGACAAUAAUGGAUUUCCAGCUGAUGUCAAAUUUGUUGAAGCCCAAUUCAACGCCUCUUGCCCUUUGAUCGAUCCUGACGAGGGUAUGUUUGGAAUAUUCACUGACGCUCUCAAGUCUGGUGUGCUUCAAAGCACAGAUUUCUCCUCCAAAUUUUUCUAUUGCUUUUGGUGGGGACUACGCAAUUUUAGUUCUCUCGGCCAAAGUCUCAAGACAAACACAUUUGUUGGAGAGAUUAUCUUUGCUGCCACUGGAUUGAUAUUCUUCUCAUUACUCAUUGGCAAUAUACAGAAAUACUUGCAGUCCACAACUGUGAGAGUUGAAGAAAUGAGAAUGAAAAGGCAAGGCGUGGAGAAGUGGAUGUCCCACCGGAUGCUCCCAGAGCCCUUGAGAGAACGUAUUAGAAGAUAUCAACAAUAUGAAUGGCAAGAAACAAGAGGUGUUGAAGAAGAGACUCUGCUCCAAACCCUUCCUAAAGUUCUUAGGAGAGACAUAAAGCGCCACCUUUGCUUGGCACUUCUCAGUAGAGUGCCAAUGUUUGAGAAAAUGGAUGAACACCUUUUGGACACACUAUGUGAUCGUUUAAAGCCAUCUCUCUACACAGACAAGAGUUUAAUUGUUCGGGAGGGUGAUCCAGUUAAUGAAAUGCUCUUCAUCAUGAGAGGAAGCCUUAGAACUAUGACCACUAAUGGUGGAAAAACCGGCUUCUUCGACAUGGCUGAUCUUAACGCUGGUGACUUCUGUGGAGAAGAGCUCCUCGCAUGGGCUUUGGAUCCCAUUUCUGCCUCCAAUCUCCCAGCCUCGAUCAGAACAGUGGAAACUAAAACAAAGGUCGAGGCAUUUGCUCUCAUGGCUGAUGAUUUGAAGUUUGUUGCCUCCCAGUUUCGCCGGCUCCACAGCAAGCAACUCCAGUACACUUUCAGGUCCUACUCUUUGCAAUGGAAAACGUGGGCGGCUUGUUUCAUACAAGUGGCGUGGCGGAGGCAUUGCAAGAGAAAGCUUGACAAGUCUUUAAGGGAAGCAGAGUACAGGCUGCAAGAUGUCCUGGUGAAUGAGAGUGGAAGCACACCAAGCCUUGGCGCCACCAUUUACGCCUCGAGGUUUGCUGCAAAUGCACUGAGAGGCUUACGACAAAGCAGUGUGCGCAGCUUUAGACCCACGCAGAGAUUGAUGCCUUUGCUACCUCAGAAACCGGCUGAGCCUGAUUUCACUGCUGAGCAUCGCUAGCUACUACUACUGGUGUGUGGUGUGGUCAGUCACUGUGUUAACGUGAAAUUUGUAAUUA